AUGGCCAAUGAUUACAUAGAGUACCUUUCGGCCAACGUGCUGAACGAUGGCCAGACGGCAAGUCAAGUCAGCUACCGCACCUUGAGUCGAGCACUCCGAGUCCACGCCAACCGAGCCAAACAGAUGCUCUACGACUUUCACACCACCCAAAUCAAAAAGAAGCCCGACUCGUUGCAUGCGACAUACCUGAUCACCGGAUUCCAGUCUGUCUCGCCCCCACAGCCAGAAGAUGCCGUCCCCGAUCAAUCCAGUCCUGCCCAUCAAGAGCCCGCAUCAUAUCGAGCAACAUCAUUACUUCUAGUAGACCAAGACAAUCUUGACGCCGCAAAGUCCACAUUCGACCAACUCGUCUCUAUCCAUGUCUACAGCCUGCAGCCCACCAGGAUCAAUGAUCUGCAUGUCUUGACAGAGUGCAAUCGAGCCAUCAUGGCUACAGCUCUUGGUGAAGACCUGCUCGCCACCUACAAGCAAUAUGGUGUUAUUCAGAACCCUCAAGUCAAGCGUCGUCCCAUGCGUGCUCAACCCCCAGCACAGACUUCCACUACUUCAAAAUCCGAAGCACAGCCAGCAAAAUCAAUCUUCCCAUCUACAAAGACUGCUGCCAAACCCCUCUCCAAGACCACAACGACCUCGUCCAAAACCACUCCAGACUCAUCGCAGCCUUCAACCCAAACUUCUGCCAAGCCUGCUGCUGCUGCUGGUGCUGCUGCUACAAAGGCUGCACCUCUCAAACGCGAAGGCUCGAGCUUGUUCAAAGCCUUUGCCAAAGCAAGGCCGAAGACACAGAGCCAGGCCACUGGAACCUCCGCUGAAGCUUCACCGGCAGCAGAUCUGGUCGCAAACGAAGACGAUGCUAUGAAUGGUCUAUCGGAUGAAGAAGCCGACGAUGAAGAUACCGCUAUGCUUGAUGAUGGUGCCAUCACCGAAACAGGAGCCAAAUCAAAGAAGGAGAGGGAAGAUGAACUGCGCCGUAUGAUGGACAUGGAAGACGAACCAAUGGCCGAUGUACCAGCCAACACUGGAGCCGCAGAAGCUUCGGAAAAUGCAGAGGAUGAACCUGAUUCUAAACCAGAAGCCCAGGAAAAAGAAGAACCCGAAGAAACUGUCACCGUAUCUGAUGGCCGCCGGCGUGGCAGAAGAAGAGUCAUGAAGAAGAAGACGGUUCAGGAUGAGGAAGGCUACCUUGUAACACGAGAAGAAGCUGCUUGGGAGUCCUUCUCGGAAGAGGAGCCUGCGCCCAAGAAAGCGAAGGUGUCGGUCGCGCCAACCACGGCAAAGGCCAAGAAGGCCGCUCCAAAGGGACAAGGAAACAUCAUGUCUUUCUUCUCCAAGAAAUGA